ACGAUGAAGCACAGAUGACCAAUGAAGCACAGAUGACCGAUGAUAAAAGGCAGCAAAAACUCAAAAAACAUCGUGAAGCCUAUCAACAAAAGAAAGAAAAAAUAGCAGAGCUCAAUGCACAGAUGACUGAUGGAGAAAAGCAGGAAAAACUCAAAAGACGUCGUGAAGCCUAUCAACAAAAGAAAGAAAAGAUAUGUGCACAGCAUAGGCAGAUAUAUGCAAAUAUGCAGUCAGACCAAAAGAAAGCUAGAAUAGAACAUAUAAAUGAAUUGAAGCGCAAUACAGCAAACAAAGACUCAAUUGCGAUGCAAAACCCUGCAUAUAGCUCAACUGAACAAGAAGUUAGUAUUUCUACCCCUUCUGUAAAUCACAGAAAGCAUGUCACGCCAGGAGAAAGACAAACAUUGCUGCACCGCCGUAACAAACAAUUCACGACAAGACGGAGGAAAAAUGUUUCAGUAUCAUCAGAAGAAGAUGCAUCCAUGACGGAAACCGGCAACAAUGACACAGAGCCUCUACAUCAACCACAAGUAAUGAUUUACGACAUCCCCUCAUCAAUGUUUCCAAGCAUGAAAGAAGCAGAUACCCCAACACAGACAUUAUACAAUGGCGAUCACAAUAAGGUGGCUUUAUGGCCAGACAUCCCCUCUUCAAUGUCUCCUACAAUCAAAGAAGUAGAUGCACGAAUAGAAUCAUUCUGCAAUGAUGUUCGCGCAAAUAAUAAAGUCAUGUGUGAGAAAGACGCAGCCAUCCAAGAAGCGGACGCACCAACACAAUCAAUCCACAACGAGGAUCAUGGUAAUGACGAAGUCAUAUUUGAAGAUACAAACGAGGACGAAUACAUGUUCUCUGGUGAAGAAUGGGGCAGAGAAGUGGAAGUUGAAAUCAGAGAAGACGAAGAAAUUCACAACCCUGAUCCGUAUGAUUUUGUCUACAGCAACAUACCAAAAAAUACACAUGUGCUCAAACCGGAAGAAAAUUGCAGAUUAUGUCAUGCAAAAAAAUUCAAGUACGAGACUAAGGGGUUAUGCUGCAGAAAAGGACAGAUACUAGCCAGUCUAGAUACACCACCUGAACUCAUGAGACUUUGGACAAGCAACGACUGAUGCAAGACAUUUUCGAAAAAAUAUAAGAUUUUUCAAUGGACACUUCUCAUUUACUACUCUAUACUGUCACCUUGACAGAGACACAACUGACAUGCGAACAGCUGGUAUUUACACCUUUCGAGCUCAUGGUCAGAUCUAUCACAACAUACAUUCAUUUGGUAAUAGUCACUCAGAUCCAAAGCAUUUGGAGCUAUACUUCUACGACGAUGAUCCAAGCUUAGAGCAUCGAUAUCGUCGUUGCCGCGAGGAAAUGUACGAGCAAGACAAGCAUGUGAUUGGAAUAAUAACUGACAUCCUACGCGGUAACCCGUACUCUCAACAGUUUAGGAGUUUGGGACAAGCCCAAAACCUUGAGGACUACAGAGUCAUCUUGAACCUUGACCAAAGAUUGGACCAGAGAACAUACAACGCACCAAUCAAUUCGGAGGUAGCUGCAGUGUGGAUUGAAGGAAAUAAAAGAAGAGAUACUUAUGACAGGAGUGUAAUACUACAUGGGAACAACAACCGAUCAUAUUACGGGUGCUAUGAUCCAUUGUCGUAUCCUCUAUUCUUUCCAAGAGCUGAACUGGGUUGGCAUAGGAAAAUCCCAAAGAAGAAUACACAAGAGGAAUAUAUUGGUGCUGAUAAUAUCAAUAAUGACGACGACCCAGAUUUGGUUAACGAGUUGUGGGUAACCAUGAAAGAAUACUACUGCUAUAAAUUCCAUACACGACCAAGCAUAUUCAACCCAAUAUUGCAUGGCGGACGGCUUUUCCAACAGUUUGCUGUAGAUACAUACAUCAAGAUUGAAAGCUCCAGACAGCUAUGGCUUUAGUUAGAAAAUAUGGAGAUCUUGAUUCUGUUCUGUUCUCCGGCUUGAAUGCUGUCUAGAAGGCCUUGGUAUAGAUAAACUUCGUCGAUAUCUGGAUGCUAUGGCUUUAGUUAGAAAAUAUGGAAAGCCAGACAUAUUCUUAACAAUGACCUGCAACCCCAAUUGGGAAGAGAUCACACGUGAACUAGAGUUUGGACAAACACCACAAGAUCGCCCAGACAUUGUCGUUCGUGUUUUCAGGGCGAAGCUAGAAGAAAUGAAGAAGCAACUAUUUGA